AUGUUCUCUAUUGAUGAUAACAAGGCCCCGGGCCUAAUGGGUAUUCUUUUGCGUUUUCCAAAAAGGCUUGGCCGAUUGUUGGUGAUGACGUUUGUGCUGUUAUUAAAGAUUUUUUCACCUCUAAAUGCCUGCUCCAAGAGAAUUUUAGAGGGCCUUGAUAAGGUGGUGAGUUUGAAUCAAUCUGCUUUUGUACCGGGUAGACGAAUUUCUGAUAAUAUUCUUCUUGUUCAAGAGCUUAUGCAUAACUAUCAUAGGGAUAUCGAAUCCCCUCGAUGUGCCUUUAAAGUAGACAUCCAAAAGGCUUAUGAUACAGUGGACUGGGAUUUUCUUGGUGAUAUUUUGAAGGGAUAUGGGUUCCAUAAGAUUAUGACUGAGUGGAUUAUGAAUUGUAUCACUUCAUCGCCUUUCUCAGUUAGUGUGAAUGGAAAUAUUUUUGGGUAUUUCAAAGAUGAACUCUUUCUUUUUUCUAGAGGUGAGGUUGAUUAUGUGAAGAUUAUUAUGGUUGCUCUAAACGGGUUUAAGGAUAUGGCGGGCUUGAUUCCUAGUCUCACAAGGAGGUCUUUGCCGAUAAGAUUGCAAGGUGUUGGUGGAAAAAUGGAAAACAGAAUUACAGAUUGGAAAGCUAAAUCUCGUUCAUUCGCGGGUAGACUUCAAUUGAUUAUUUCGGUUCUAUCAGCUUUUUAUGUUUAUUGGGCUUUAGUUUUCAUUUUGCCGGUUAGUAUCGUGAAGCAACUUGAGCAAAAGCUUAGAAGUUUUUUAUUGUGUCAAGGCCAUAUAGUUAAAGGAAAAAGCCAAAGUGUCUUGGAAUAUUGUUUGCUUACCGAAGAAAGAAGGUGGGUUGGGGAUUCGUCGGAUAGCCGAUGUUAA